CUGACCCAGUUCGCGCAGGAGAGGACCCCGCGGAAGCCCGAUGUCUUGCGCCUGCCUUUUCCCUGCAGGUUAACGGUACGGACAUGCCAAGAUCCCAAGGAAGAAGGGAAGGGGAGGGAAUCUAGCGAUCCUUCCCGCGGAAUUCGAUCCCGCGAAGCGAAGGCCAAGGAUGAGGGACGAAGCGACGACCUUCGAUCACGAAUCCCAACAGAAGAAUUGUUUCGAGUGCUUGCAGAAGCGGAUCGAGCGCGAUCUCUCCAACAGAGUCCUCUUCUGUUACGGGGUCUCCGAUUCUCCUCUCCCCUUUGGUUCCACUGCAGUGUGCCAGGUUGAAUUGAAUAAGAGGGACGGCACAUUGCCAUGUAAGGAGGAUUCCGUCCAGUUUGAACUGGUGGCUGUAGAAAACACUGAAAACAGAUGCUUGCAAAGAUACAUUGACCGAAAGAUCUUGAGAAAUGGCACCACAGAAAAUAGAUGCGAGAAAGACAAACCGACAUUGUCAAAAAUCAAUGGAAACCAGGUCCAGGUUAAUUUGGGAGCGUUUGAAGAAGAAGAUGAAGCGCUACCUGUGUCGGAGAAUGAGUCCCAUGCUUGUGAUGAUCACACGAAUUUUUGUGAAGAGACUGUAUCUGCCUUAGCGCCAAGUGCAUAUGCUGGUUAUGGUUCUUAUAAGGUCAUAGAGGAACUUCUCCAUAGAUACGUAUCGGGAUCCUUUGAACACAGUUUGAUGUUAUCACUCAUUCUUCUUUUGGAAGGCAGAUCAAGCAAAGAAGUAGGCACAUAUUUUUCAUCUUUACUUGGAUUAGGCAACCGUGGUAAAAAUGUUAGUUCAAGAAGAUUAAGGCAUCCUAAUAUUGCUCCUACUAUAGGUACGUUACAAAUGCCUGGAUAUAUCAACUUAAUUCUUCCAAAGGCUCCAUACACGUUGGAAAAUAUUCUACAUUAUAGCCCUGAAGCAUUAAAAUCUGACUGGCACAUUCGAUUUUUGAUGUACCAGUUGCUGUCUGCAUUGGGGUAUAUCCAUUCCCUAGGGGCUACUCACGGGAGUUUAUCACCUUCUAGUGUAAAACUGACUGAUUCUUUUUGGUGUUGGCUCAGUGUGUUAGAGAGAUACAGUGUGAGAGCUAGGCUGAGCUUGAUGAAUGAAACUAAACUUGUUGCCUCUCAGCCUAGGGUUUGUUUAUGCCAUGGCAAUUGCCCCUGCUCUGGUCUUUAUGCUGAUUUGAGGUUAACAAAUUCUAGUGAUUGGCAAAGAGAUUUUAAGAUGUGGUGGAACGGUGAACUGAGUAACUAUGAAUACCUCCUCAUUUUGAACCAGUUAGCUGGUAGAAGAUGGGGCGAUCCGACUUUUCAUACUGUUAUGCCCUGGGUGAUAGACUUUAGUGUGAAACCUGAUGAGAGCUCUGAUGCUGGAUGGAGAGACCUUCGGAAGAGCAAGUGGAGAUUGGCAAAAGGGGAUGAACAAUUGGAUUUCACAUAUUCAACCUCUGAAAUUCCACAUCAUGUAUCAGAUGAAUGCCUUUCAGAAUUGGCUGUCUGCAGCUAUAAAGCAAGGCGCUUGCCCCUGAGUAUACUGCGGUCUUCUGUUCGCUCUGUUUAUGAGCCCAAUGAAUAUCCUUCCACUAUGCAAAGGCUAUACCAGUGGACUCCUGAUGAAUGCAUCCCGGAGUUUUAUACCGACCCUAGAAUUUUCUCUUCUGUACAUGAUGGAAUGAGCAAUCUUGCAGUGCCAUCAUGGGCAGGUAGUCCUGAAGAAUUUAUAUCAUUGCAUCGUGCUGCUUUGGAAAGUGACCGUGUAUCACAGGAGAUUAACGAUUGGUUUGAUAUUACAUUUGGUUACAAGCUUUCUGGUGAGGCUGCUGUUGUAGCUAAGAAUGUCACUUUACCUUCUUCUGAGCCCCAGAGACCGAGAUCAUCUGGCCGUUGCCAGCUCUUCACUCAACCACAUCCAAAGCGUCGGAGGUCUUUGCUGAAGAAACCUGAUAGGUUUAAACCUCAGCAAGAAAUCAUAUCUCAAGUACAAUCAAAUUGUGACAUAGUUUCUACAGCCAUAACUGAGGAUGCUUCCAGCUGCAUAGGAAUGGCAGAUGGAAGCCUGCGGGAAGUUGAAAACAAUUUGGAACAAUUAGAAAGAACCAUGUCUUUCUGUGAACAAAAUAGGCACUUAAGUCCAUGUUAUAAUUCUCCCCAAGAUUGCACCACCCAGAGGACUAGUCCAGAGUUACCAAGGAAAUAUGAUGACUUACCACAUCCCAGUGAUAUUGACCUAAAUACCCUUCUCGAGUACUUUAACAUUGUUGAUGAUGGUGGAGACCUGGGAUUUCAAGAAUUGUUACUGUGGAAGCAGAAAUCAUCCCACCAGAGGUCCCAGUCAGAGGAUGUCGCACGUGACAUGUUUUCUGUGGGGUGUGUGUUAGCUGAACUUUAUUUGAAGAGGCCACUUUUUGACCCAAUUUCAUUAGUUGCAUACACUGAACACGGUUUGUUGCCAGGACUGUUCCAGAAGCUUCCUCCUCAUGUGGCAUUUCUUGUUGAAGAAUGCAUCCAAAAGGACUGGAAGAGGAGGCCAUCGGCUUAUUGUUUGUUGGAGUCACCAUAUUUUCCUCAAACGGUCAGGUCUGCUUAUCUCUUCAUUGCACCUCUUCAUCUUCUUGCAAGCAAUGGGUCUCGUCUUCAAUUUGCAGCUAAGUUGGCUGGAGAAGGGGCUCUGAGAUUAAUGGGCUCAUUUGCUGCAGAAAUGUGUAUGUCAUAUUGCAUGCCCCUUGUAAUGAGUUCAUUGUCUGAUUCUGAGGCUGAGUGGGCUUCUUUCCUACUGAAGGAAUUUUUAAGAUGUCUUAAGCCUCAGGCAGUUAUUGUAUCUGUGCUACCAGUUAUUCAAAGAGUUCUACAGUCAUCAGAAUACUCUCACCUGAAAGUUUUGCUUCUUCAAAAUUCUUUUAUGCGGGAAGUGUGGAAGAUAGUGGGCAAACGUUCAUAUCUGCAGAAGAUCCAUCCACUAAUUAUCUCAAAUUUGUACUUGUUAGCCCAUAAGAAUUCUGCAUCUUCUGCUUCAGUCUUACUGAUUGCAUCCUGUGAGGAACUUGGCAUUCCUGUAACAAUACAUCAGACAAUCUUGCCUUUGAUCAAUUGCUUUGGAAAAGGACUGGUGGCUGAUGGGAUUGAUUCACUGGUUAGAAUUGGGGGAAUUCUUGGAGGAAAUUUUAUUGUCAGACAAGUUUUACCUUUGAUGAGGAAUGUUAUUUCUUCUUGUAUUGAGCUUUCCCAUAUGAAUAAUCCCGAGCCAUUGCAAAGCUGGAACUCCCUGGCUUUGAUAAAUGGCCUAGAUACAGUGGAUGGAUUAGUUGCACUUUUGCCAAGGGAGGUGAUUCUAAAGGAGUUGGUUCAGGAUCAGGUCUUUCUGCAUGUUAAGAUUCUAAUGCAUCCUAAUGUAGAACAAACAGUGCUUCAGGUUGCAGGGACUACUCUUCUUUCAAUAUGUCAGAAGAUUGGUCCUGAUUUAACAGCUUCACAUGUCCUUCCACAGCUAAGGGACUUGUUUGAUGAACUUGCCUUCUCACAAGAAACCACCUAUGCACUUGGUUCUGAAUCAAUAUCAGGUGAAGAUUUCACAGGAAGUCGUGCGGAGCUUUUGUUACUGUUAUAUCCAUCAUUGGCGUCCCUUCUUGGUAUUGAGAAAUUUCGCAGGUGCUGCACCACAUGGUUACUCCUAGAGCAGUAUCUCUAUAAGCAUUAUAACUGGAAGUGGGAACAUACAGGAGAGACAUGUAGAGCUGGUUGUGAAAAUUCCCCUGCUCAAAUAAAAAGCCACAAGCCAUCAUCAUAUGAGUACAAUCCAGCAAAAUUAUUACUUAAUGGUGUUGGAUGGUCUAUACCACAGUCCCAAGGAGCUAGAAGUGGCAAGAGCUCGGUAAAUUCUAAAUCAGAUGAUGUUCGAGUAACUUCUGAUGAGAAGACUGAACCCUUGCCAAGUUCUGUAAAACCAGAACCGUGGUUUUGGUUCCCCAGUUCGGCUGACAAUUGGGAUGGUCCAGAUUUUCUUAACCGAACUGGUGGGUUGAAGGAUGAACUCCCAUGGAAGAUCAGGGCAUCAAUUCUUUACACGGUUCGUGCACAUCCUGGAGCUUUGAGAGUUUUAGCUGUGGCAGAUGAUGAAUGCACAGUUUUUUCUGGUGGGGUAGGCUCAGGAUUCAAGGGAGUUGUUCAUCAAUGGGAGUUAUCAAGCCUGAACUGCAUUUCUGGGUAUUUUGGGCAUGAAGAGGUUGUAAAUGAUAUCUGCAUCUUGUCUUCCACUGAAAGGAUAGCUUCCUGUGAUGGAACUAUACACAUAUGGAAUAGCCAAACUGGAAAGCUGUUAUCAUGUUUUUCUGAACCUUCAGCAACUUCACUUCUCUCUGGUUCUUCUUCAGCAAAAAAGGUUAACAAUGAAGGAAAUGGUGUGAAUCCUGCAGCACUAUCUGCUGGAAUCCUGUCAACUGCAUUUAAUGGGAGUUUGUACACAUGCAUGCACUAUUUGGGGUUCAACGAUAAACUUUUGGCUGGCAUGGGGAAUGGUUCACUGAGGUUCCUUGAUAUUGCUCAAGAUCAGAAACUGCAUCUGUGGAAGAGUCAAACGGCUGAACCAUGCUUUUCUUCCCUUGUAUCUGCAAUUUGUUCUUGUGGGUCUGACAAUCAUCAAAGUAAAGCAGUUGGAUCUUCACCAUCUUGGGUUGCUGCUGGUCUUAACUCAGGACACAUUAGACUUCUUGAUGCAAGAAGUGGGAACAUAGUUGCUCUUUGGCGGGCUCAUGAUGGGUUUAUAACAAAAUUAGCUGCUCCUGAAGGCCAUUUACUUGUUUCAAGCUCUCUUGACAGAACAAUGAGUGUGUGGGAUCUAAGAAGGAACUCGCCAAAUCAGCGCUAUAUUUUCAGUGGUCAUUCGGGUGGUGUUUCUGGUUUCUCUAUAUGGGGUCAAGAUAUGAUCUCAGUUUCUGGAAACAAGAUUGGUCUUUCUUCACUUUGCCAUUCAGAGGACCGGCAUCAACAGGUUAUUCCACGGAAAUUGUAUACAUCUGAUCGUGGAGCCAGGAACAUGUCAGCUUUGUCUAGCAUCGACAUCCUCCCGUUUUCACGCUUGUUUGCUGUUGGAACAGAAGAUGGUUUUUUGAAGAUAUGUUGUUAGAUCCUUUUACCUCCAAGGCUGGUUAUUUCCAUCAAAGGCUGUCUGCUGAAAAAUCUUUCUUGAGUGAGCUCUGACGCACUCCAUCUUUCAAAUAUGUAUAUAUGGUUAUGCUUAUCUUCAAAGCGGUGUUUUUUUGGAGCUUUACCACAGAGGUGCAAGCUCCAUUGAGUGUCGACUAGAUCUGACAAGCACAUCAAGGCUGGACUAGUUGCUUUCAAAAGAUUGAGGAGGCAGGGGCUGCAUCCACCGUUUGCAGUAAUGGCAUCAUCUAUCAUGUUACUUGUCUUCAUAUGCUCAGCCAAAAGAUUGAGGAGGCAGGGGCUGCAUCCACCGUUUGCAGUAAUGGCAUCGUCUAUCGUGUUACUUGUCUUCAUAUGCUCAGCACCACUACAUGAUAUCAAUUGUUUUCUCAAGUGCCUGUUGUAGAAACGCAUGAAUAGUGGUAAGGAGGCCUAAGUUCUCACCUAAGUAAGUCGAUCCUUAAUUAGUAGCCCUUAAAGCUACUAAUGAUUGUAUUGGUUUGGUUUCCUACCCUAAAUUUGUUAUUGCAGUUCUUCUCAUGCUAAUGGUGUGAGAGGUUUAUGUUUAGCUUAUCUCCAUGUACAUCAGAUCCAUCAUAUUUCUGGUGCUGCAACCGCUGUUGGAGCUUUCAUUUUGUACAUCAUUCUUGGCAUUCAAGAUAGAGGUGCAUAUUACGUUGUUACCAGAUUGGUAGCGACUUUA